AUGCAGAUGCAGAUCUUUGUGAAGACUUUGACCGGCAAGACUAUCACCCUUGAGGUGGAGUCCUCUGACACCAUCGACAACGUCAAGGCGAAGAUCCAGGACAAGGAGGGCAUCCCUCCGGACCAGCAGCGCCUCAUCUUUGCCGGCAAGCAGCUGGAGGAUGGCAGGACCCUUGCUGACUACAACAUCCAGAAGGAGUCCACCCUCCACCUGGUGCUCCGCCUCCGUGGUGGUAUGCAGAUCUUCGUCAAGACCUUGACUGGCAAGACUAUCACCCUUGAGGUGGAGUCCUCCGACACCAUCGACAAUGUCAAGGCAAAGAUCCAGGACAAGGAGGGCAUCCCUCCGGACCAGCAGCGCCUCAUCUUCGCUGGCAAGCAGCUGGAGGAUGGCCGCACCCUUGCUGACUACAACAUCCAGAAGGAGUCCACCCUCCACCUGGUGCUGCGCCUUCGUGGUGGUAUGCAGAUCUUUGUCAAGACCUUGACCGGCAAGACUAUCACCCUUGAGGUGGAGUCCUCCGACACCAUUGACAAUGUCAAGGCAAAGAUCCAGGACAAGGAGGGCAUUCCCCCGGACCAGCAGCGCCUCAUCUUUGCUGGCAAGCAGCUGGAGGAUGGCCGUACCCUCGCUGACUACAACAUCCAGAAGGAGUCCACCCUUCACCUUGUCCUCCGCCUCCGUGGUGGUAUGCAGAUCUUCGUCAAGACCCUUACUGGGAAGACCAUCACACUUGAGGUGGAGUCCUCCGACACCAUCGACAACGUCAAGGCAAAGAUCCAGGACAAGGAGGGUAUUCCCCCGGACCAGCAGCGCCUCAUCUUUGCUGGCAAGCAGCUGGAGGAUGGCCGUACCCUCGCUGACUACAACAUCCAGAAGGAGUCCACCCUUCACCUUGUCCUCCGCCUCCGUGGUGGUAUGCAGAUCUUCGUCAAGACCCUGACCGGCAAGACUAUCACCCUUGAGGUGGAGUCAUCCGACACCAUCGACAACGUCAAGGCAAAGAUCCAGGACAAGGAGGGUAUUCCCCCGGACCAGCAGCGCCUCAUCUUUGCUGGCAAGCAGCUGGAGGAUGGCCGCACCCUUGCGGACUACAACAUCCAGAAGGAGUCUACCCUCCACCUGGUGCUCCGUCUCCGCGGUGGUCAGUAAGUGUCUUGGUGUUGGAGCUGGUGGGCUGCCUUGUUGUCGCCCUUGAAA